UUUUUGAUGUUUUGAGGAACUAGCAAUUUCAUUUUUCUUUUCUGGGAAGUUUUUGUUGUCAUGGAAUUGUUUGAAAAUAUGAGAAUUUUUGCAAAAAGGUGAAGAAAAGAAAAGGACUAGGACCAUCAAGGAAGCUGGUUAAAAUUUGACGGGGCAUAUACAUUUGUUCACGGCUUUGUACACAUAGUUGGCUAUUAUACAUGGCUUCCGGAGGCAGCAGUUACCAGGAUAUUGGUGAUUCGCAUAAUGCAUAUGCCGAUUAUGGUAUUGCACCCAAAACUUCUGAAUCUAAAAGCUCCCCAUUUAGAAAAUCCACAGCUGUUAAUAUUAUUGGUGGGAAUCAUGGAACUAGAUCUAAUACAGCCGUUCAUGAGCUACUUGAAUGCCCUGUUUGUAUGAAUCUAAUGUACCCUCCAAUUCAUCAGUGUCCAAAUGGUCAUACUUUAUGCCUGAAGUGCAAGUCAAAAGUCCAUGUGUGCCCAAUUUGCCGCCAUGAGCUUGGAAACAUAAGAUGUCUAGCAUUGGAGAAAAUUGCAGAGUCACUGGAGUUGCCAUGCCGAUACCAAGUUUUUGGCUGUCAAGAUAUAUUCACUUAUCACAGUAGGCUUCAGCAUGAGCAGAACUGCAAAUUUCGUCCAUACAACUGCCCUUAUGCAGGAUCUGAAUGUACUGUUACUGGUGAUAUUCAGUCCCUUGUUGCACACCUCAAAGAUGAUCACAAGGUUGACAUGCACGACGGCUGUACCUUCAACCAUCGCUAUGUCAAAUCCAAUCCUCAAGACGUUGAAAAUGCUACAUGGAUGUUGACUGUUUUCAACUGUUUCGGUCACCAAUUCUGCUUGCACUUUGAGGCUUUCAACGUUGGAGUGGCACCAGUAUAUAUGGCAUUCCUUCGUUUUAUGGGUGAUGAUGAUGAUGUGAAAAAAUUUAGUUAUAGUCUUGAAGUAGGUGGCUUUGGCAGAAAGUUAAUAUGGCAAGGAGUUCCUAGGAGCAUCCGUGAUAGUCAUAAAACUGUCAGAGACAGUUUAGACGGGCUGCUCAUUCAAAGGAGCAUGGCACUCUUCUUCUCUGGUGGUGACCGGAAGGAGCUAAAGCUGAAGGUGGCUGGGCGCAUUUGGAGAGAACCAUUGUAAAAAAGAAAUAUGGUCUUCUUCCUCAGAGAUAGCAUCAAUCCGGCACCUUGCCAAUUCAUCAUAUACAGUAGAUUUCGUCCUAGGCCAUAUUCCUGAUUGACUGGUGGCUUAUCUUUUGCAUUUCUUGUAAAAAUAUAUAAGUUGUUGAUGGUUCUAUCUAGGUUCAGGUUUUUGGAUCAAUCAAUUUAUGUUGAAUUUUUGUAU